AUGGGCUUCGGCGACUUUCAGACGAUUUGCGAAAAGGCACCGCUGCCGCUAUGCGCUCUUGUGGGUCACCAGGAUAUCAAUAAUGGCGUCGGCAUCCAGACCGAGUGCUAUGCGCGGACGGUCGAGAUUGCGAAUACCCUCAUCUUCGAGACGGCCAACGACUUUAUGCACAUCCUGGCCAUGGUCAUGACAGUCGUCAUGAUUAUCCAUGUGCGUUCCAAGUUCACGGCUGUUGGCCGAAAGGAGAUCACGUCGUUCUUUUACAUCUACCUCUUCCUCACCAUCAUAUCGCUCGUCCUCGAUGCCGGUGUCGCCGCCCCUGGUUCUGCCGCUUACCCCUACUUCGCUGCCGCCCAGAACGGCCUCGUCUCCGCGCUAUGUACCUGCUUGCUGAUCAACGGCUUCGUCGGUUUCCAACUCUACGAAGACGGUACAACACUAUCAGUAUGGCUACUGCGUCUCUCCACCCUGGUCAUGUUCAUCGUCGGCGGUGCUGUGAACCUCUUGACCUUCAAAGGCUGGGCCGGACUGAACCCCGGAAACCCUAUCGGUAUCUUUGUCGUUACUUACAUUGUCAACGCCAUUUGCCUUUUCGUCUACGCCGUCAGCCAGAUCAUUCUGGUUGUCGGAACCCUCGAAGACCGCUGGCCACUGGGUGAUAUCUCGUUUGGCAUCUUCUUCUUCGUUAUUGGUCAGGUCAUCCUCUAUGUCUUCAGCGACACCAUCUGCGACCAAGUACAGCACUACAUCGAUGGCCUCUUCUUCGCCACCAUUUGCAACCUGCUCGCAGUCAUGAUGUACUGGGAUUCCAUCACUCGCGAAGACCUCGAAUUUUCCGUCGGCGUCAAGCAACACAACUGGGAGAUCAAAGAGCCCCUAGACUACGAAGACAAGCGCGGCACCAUGUACCAGCAAUCCGAGUACGAGCCAUCAUUAUACCAGCAACCAUACCACCCACGCAACUCGCACUACUCCGCCGUUGGCCACUGA